CGACCUGCAACGAUCAUUGCAAAACAAGCUGAAAUUUUGGACCGAGUCUUUCUCCAUCGGCUGAUAUUCGUCAUACUUGGUGUGUCUUUAGUAACUAACCUUAUAAGAUACAUAUUCAAUGAUGGGAUAAGAUAUUAUCAUUAUGAUCAAGCAUUUGAAAUAUUUUUUGCAAAUGCAACUCUAUUGGUUUUAUUUGAAGCCUUACAAAUAUCCGAAACUGAAUAUGAAGAAUAUGAUGAGAUGGAUGAGUUUGAUGCUGACGCACCUCCGCCUACGAAAAAUGUUCAGAUUGAUAGAGCCGCUGUAUGGAAUAAAUUUCAACAUUUAUUCACUGCACGAGAUGGUGAAUCACUUUAUCGAUCAACAAACUUGUUUGAGUCGCUUGGAAGCGCUACGGUUAUUUGUUCACUUGACCGUGAAGGUACUAUUUCAUCGCCAUUUGCAUCGGUUGAUCAAAUUUUGUUUCCAAACGAAGAAGAAGAUAUAACAGUUCUUGACAUAGCGGAGGAUCCAAGUACCUCUUUUCGUGUUAAAUUUGAGGACCAGGACUGGGACCAACAUUUAUCUCGUCUUAAACCUCUUGGUCUUAAUCUUUUGUUAAACACAAAUUGUGGUGUGUUACAAGGACGAAAACGCGCAGAACAACAUAGGAAAAAUUCUAGCUUUCACAUUCAUGCUAAGAUAAAACCUGCAAGACAAUCAUGUUUAUGCCGUCUUGGUAAAGAAAUUGGAUUCACCGAUGAUGCUUUACAAUCUUUUAUAAAAAGAAAAGAAAUAUUUGUAAAUGCGCCAUGUCAUCCGUCAUUAAAAGAUCGCAUGACAAAGGAUCAAUGGGAAGUUCCUAGCAUGAAUUCCUCUAUUUACGAAGAACUUAAUUCAGGAAGUUGCCAAUUACUGUCUGAUGGAAAUUUGGAGAUUAUACUUGAUAAUUGUUCCGAUUAUUGGAAUGGUCAAGGACUGCAACCCAUGAGCGAAGUGAUUGAAAACAAGAUUUAUGAUUUUUAUCAAAAUGCUAUUAUUAAUGACAUGCAAUGUGUUGCAUAUGCAUAUCGUCCAAUAAAUGUUGUAAAUGGAAAUAAAAUCCCAUUUUUAAACUCGACUUCAUCUGGUUCAGGUGAUACUUAUAUUGUAUUGCCAAGUCCACCAGAGGCUGAACUUAUGUCUGAUUCCGAAGAUUCAGUAGAUCAGGAUCUUUCCUUGUCUCAAUUAGUUAGAUUACAUCGCCUGAAAAAUGGCCUAUUGGAAGCAAAUCUCCAUGAUUUUUCAUUUGACCAAGAGAACACAACUUCUCAAGAUGAAGAGUUGUUUUAUCAGGAUGUUAUUCAGGGUCAGAUUUUCCUGGCAAUGGCAACACUUUGUCAUCAGCCUAAACCAGAUGUAUGCAAUUUCAUUGAAGAUCUUAAAUUAGCUGGUAUUCGAUUUGUUUAUUUCUCAUCUACUGCCGAAAGAGAAAGCAAAGCAUACGCAGAAAGGCUUGGCCUUGAGACUGAUUGGAAUACCUGUAUUUUGCUUUCUUCACCCGGUGAUGAAAAUUCUUUUGGAGAUGGUUAUUUGGAAUCUCAUGACAUAAAAGCUCGUCUUCCGCGUGGGAUAGUUAAUAUAAGGGAUCAUUUAAUGGAGACAGACGAUAUUCCUCUGCAAGUAUCCUUGUUUUCAGAAUGUACACCUGAAACAACGCAAGAAAUGAUUAAAAUAUUUCAAGAAUACGGAGAGGUUGUGUGUUGCGUUGGAAGUGCAUUGAACGCUUUUAAUACACAUAGCUUUGCUGUGGCAGAUGUAAGUGUUGCUAUUGAACCUAUGCACACACGUGCACAAACAAAGAAUGGGCUAUGUCACUUAGGUAAAGGGCGGUCUCCUAUGGCUCUUGGUGCGGCGUUCACAACUUUGCCAUGUGGGCUAUUUAUGCAUGAUGAUACGAGUCUGUAUGCUCUAACCGAUAUAAUACGUGAAUCUAGGCGAUUAAUUAAUGGUCUGAGAAUG